AUGCCGCCCUGUCUGCCCGCCCGGCGCCUCGCCCUUGCAUGCCGGAUCGCCGGCCAUCUGCCGUUCGCCGCGCGAUCGCCUGAGCGUUUGCCGCGGCGCCCCGUGUUGCUGCCUGCUGCCUGCUGCCUGCCUUCAGCCGCUUUCGACGUGAGUGUGCCGCCCAGCCCCCCACAGGCAGCUUCACAUGACACAUCACCAACUUGGCAUCUCCAUUGGAGCGUCUCUGCCACGGGUGCAGUGCCCGACGCGCGCCGCCCGUCGCGAGCAAUCAAUGCACGGAGCGUCUUGACCGACAGCGCCCUCGAGAUCCAUGCGCCCAUGUCACCCAGACCGCCUCCGAAGCGAGCGGAGUUGACGCUUGUUCGCCACUCCACCCUGCUCCUCCUCCUCCAAAGUGUCGGGUGGCGUCCGGACUUCCGCACCUUGGACAUCGCCGGGAUCUGCACUUUCUAG